GGAGAAAUUUCCCCCAAGAUAUUUCCUUUUGCAGAGGAAAUAUUUGGGGUCAUUAAGAGUCACUGCAGGGCUGUCGAAACCACUCUCAGAUUUAGUGAACUACACUGCAAAGCUGUCUGCCAUCCAAGCACAACCAAGCUGGAAUGGAAAGAUAAUGGAUUGCAAUCUUAUUUUUGUAAUACUGCAUUGAAAAACUCGCAAUGCAAGAGAAUUGCAUACAAAACACGAGCAGAGUUUCAUUUCCCCCACUCAUUUCUACGGGCAGCCUCCACUUCCGCCCUGGGAAUGGGGCAUUUCAAAAUGGCAGAGGAAAACCGGAAGCUCCGUGGCCAAGACUCCCUCAGAGAAGGCGGGAAGAAGACGGCGGCGGCGACGAUCGACAGAACACAAACAAACGCCGCUUCUCGCUCGGGGUUUCCCUCGGAGCAACCGCAGGGGUCGUGCGUCGCCGGGGAUUGGCUGGCGCUUGUCGCAGUCUCCCUUUCCCUCCCGCCCCCUGUCCAAUCCGAGCCUCGAGCGGCGCAGCUGGCUGUUGGCGGGGGAGGGAAGAGGCGUUGGAGGCUUCGAAGUGGCGCGCGAGGGAGAGCUAGCUUUUCCCGCGCAUUUCCAACCGUCGUUACCUCAGGUUCCUACUAUUCCUCUCUAAUUCUUCUCACCUGCUGUUUUGAGGAUUAUGGCCACUAGGGAGUCAUUCGUCUUUGUCUUUUUUAUGUUAAUUUCUCCUUUUUACCCCAUUUCAGGUAACUCGGUAAGAUAUCAGAAGAUCAAGGAUUAUCUAGUGCACCUCUGCCAGCUGUAUGAGAAGAUCUUGACACUUUGGUUAUCAACUAAAGCUAGAGUUAAACAAAUGGAUAAGUUUACCAGCGAAUCCAUGAAGGCACAAGAAACUCAACCCGAUAUUAUCAUCAUCCAAAAGGAAUCAGUAGAGGCACCAUUUGGAUCAUAUACCCCCCAGGCUGUUCAAGAAUCAAAUGAAGUGGUGUCAAAAAUUCUUAGCGAUUUGCAGCCCAGCAAACCAGUGCUUUGGAAGCAGUUAAUGUGGCAGAGGAAGAAGCGUUGGACACAUAACAAAAGGGGGAAAAAACCUUCCAAUAAAAGAAGGGGAAGAUUUAGAAAGCAUUUGGAAAGAAGUCCAAAACCAAGGUUUGCAGACAGACAGGACUGGAUUCCCAGAAGGUUCAAAAGGCACGAAUGUAGGAUCAGAAACAUACAGAAUAGCGAAGACGAAAUUCAGAAAGCCAUAGAGCAGAAAGAAAAUCUUAGAUGUGUAAGAAGUACCUAUGUUGAUGAGAAGGAAUCUAAAUCACAGGCAACUUCCACACAUUCCAAUGAACGUAAAAGAAGAAAAGCCAAUGAAGUCAUCACUUAUAAUGUCAAGGAAGGACAACUCUUAGGACUAAAGGGAAGAAGAACAAGAAGAAGAAGAUCAACAUACCCAGGGAAGCCGCACUUGGUUUCUUCAAAACCCUUUGAUAGCUAUAGUUCUUCUUACAGUUUGUCUUCUUAUUUUACCCCAAGUAGCUCCCAGAGUACAUUAUCAAGAAGAAUGAAGAGAAACGUUUCCAGUUUUCAUAAAAAAGAAGGUAGUUUUGAGGAUACAUUUUUGAUCAACACAAAGGAACAGAAAAUAAGAGAGAGAAAAAUGGGAGCAUUUCCAAAGAAAAGAGAAGCCAGAGAAACACAGUCGGUCAGAAAUGUAAGUCUUAAACUGAAAACCUUAAAAUCUCAAGAGAAAUUAUCUAACAUGGUAGACCGUCUGUCAGACCCAUCCAAUAACAUGUCAAAAGAUGAAAAACUCACCUACAUGCAUGAACUCUUAGAUGAAUUAAAGUUAUUCAUUAAGCUGUUGGAGCAGCAAAUACUACUACAGUCACUAAAUAACAUUGUUUAUUCAACCACAGUUUCUGGCUCGCAAAAGUAGAGAGCGCUAAUAUUGCUGAAUUUAAAAACGUUGCUAUUUUGUUACAUAAAAAUCCUGAUAAUA